CCUGGCGCCACUUGCUUCAACAGCCACAGCGGCCUCGACUCACUUUAGCAUUUGCAGUCGUCCAUUCGCAUGCACCGAGCGUCCAACGUCGUCAACAGCCGGCCGCGCAUGCCGCCAACGACCAGCGCUUUUCCUGCGCGCCUUCUGGGGCAUCUCGGUGACUUGGAUCUCUUUGGCUCGUCACGUGGCGGGCGGAUCGGGCACCGACUCCUCGAGCGCUUCGGUGAUUGGUACGCGGCGGUGAAUGCCAAGACGUUUUGUGUGCGGCUUGGCGGCCAAGACAUCAUCGUGACCAAGGACCCGCGCGUGUUCAAGCCCGUGCUCGGUCAGUUCCUCGCGCACUUUGAGCCAUCAACCAAGGCGCGCGCGGCAGUCGGUAGCUUGAUGCCAUCCCACGUCUUUGUACAAGAAUCCGCCGACGACUGGGCGCGGGUGCGCAAGGUGCUCUCACACGCCUUGGCGCAGCAGGACGUCGAGCGCAUCCCGUCCAUUGCUAGCUCGAUUGUCGACACGCUUACUGUGCCAUCGUCCGGUACCAUGGACGUCGUGCCCGAGGUCGUGAUGCCAAAGCUUGCAUUCGACAUGGUGAGCCAGCUGCUCUUCGACUGGGACCCAAAGACAAUGAGUGGCGAAUCGCUCCCGCUUCUCGCGUCGGCGCUAUUGGUGUCGGACGUGAUUGGCGAGCGCACCAUGCUGCCGCUACCGUGGCUUUGGCGCCUUCCGCUUCCCCGCAACCGCGACGCCAACGCUGCCCGCGACGUCCUCCGAGCGCACGUCCAGUCAUUUGUGGCCGCGCGCGGCCCUCGCCACUCUCCGACAUCGCUUCUGGAUGCGAUGGUGGCGGCAACGUCCGACGGCAAUCUCUCGGCGACCGAGAUGCGGGAUAACCUCCUCGCGCUCUUCUUUGGCGCCUUUGACAACACGGCGCACACGCUCUCGAUCCUCUUCAACCUGCUCGCGACGCACCCGGAGGUGCAAGACGAGCUCUACGCAGCGCUGCUUAGCGCGUUUCCGAACGGCGCCAGUGAGAUUGCGACGGCAACCUCGAGCCAGCUGCGCGACGUGCCGUACUUGUGCUGGACGGUGGACGAGGUGCUGCGCUUGAAGCCCGCCGUGCCCGUUAUCAGCCGCCAGUGUGUGGCGCCGUGCGUCAUCCACGGCGUCGAGUUCCGCGCCGGCGACGACGUGCUCAUUGACGGUGGCAGUGCCUGCCGCGACGCCGACUACGGCCCUGGUCAUUCCGACUUGGACGUGUUUCGUCCAUCGCGCUUUGGCGACACAUUUGCCGCGCUCGACAAGUCGGUGCUGCUCUCGUUUGGCGCAGGAAAGCGCCUCUGCCCCGGGCGCAGCAUCGCACUCUCUCAAGUGCGCGCCGUGUGUGCUUACGUGAUUGCCACGUUUCACGUGUCACGACCCGCGAGUAGCCCGCCACUGCUCUUCGACCUCAAGCUCACCGUCACGACCCGCGCGGGCCACGGCACGAUGGUCUGGACAAAGCGCAAGGAAUAGUGUAGUUGUCGGCCAUGAUAACCCUGUAUUUAGCGUUAACGCCAAACUACAUAACACUUUUGAUUGAUCUCACA